AUGGCUACUUCAGGAUUCUACUCUUUGAAAGCUGAGCUCCCAGGCGGCAAGACAUACGACUUUGCCGAUCUCAAGGGUAAGACGGUCUUGAUCGUCAACACUGCUUCGAAAUGUGGAUUUACACCUCAAUACAAGGGUCUCCAAGAGUUGUAUGAGAAGUACAAAGACCAGGGUUUCGUUAUCCUCGGCUUCCCCUGCAACCAGUUUGGUGGCCAGGAACCCGCGAACGAUGAAGGCAUCCAGGAAUUCUGCACGCUCAACCACGGCGUCACCUUCCCACUCAUGAAAAAGUCGGACGUCAACGGCGACAACACCAACGAGGUGUACAAGUGGCUCAAGGCAGAGAAGUCUGGUCUGCUCGGCCUCACCCGCAUCAAGUGGAACUUCGAAAAGUUCUUGGUCGACAAGAACGGAAAGGUCGUCAACCGAUGGGCGUCCACCACCACCCCCGCAGCCAUCGACGCCGAAGUCGCCAAGAUCCUCUGA